CUUAAAGAGAGAGCCGGAUGUGGAUGGCUGUCAAAUUUAGCGUAAAGUAAAAUUUUAAGAUAAGAACUUAGAAACGCCUGCACAAAGCAAAUUGUUAAGUCCAUAAAUAAAAAAUGUUCGUUAUUAAUUAUUUUAUUCUGUGACAAGCAACAAGGUUAGAUAAAUAACUUUAGUAAACUGCAAUGGAUUCAUUAACCGUGAUGAAAGUGUGUUGUAUUGGUGCUGGUUACGUUGGUGGCCCAACUUGUGCGGUGAUGGCGCUCAAGUGCCCAGACAUACAAGUCACAGUGGUGGAUCGGAGUUCCGAACGGAUAGCGCAAUGGAAUUCAGAUAAAUUACCAAUUUACGAGCCGGGAUUGGAUGAAGUCGUAAAAAAAUGCCGUAAUGUCAACCUUUUCUUCUCAACUGAUAUUGAAACUGCCAUCAAAGAAGCAGACCUGAUAUUCAUAUCUGUAAAUACGCCAACAAAAAACUUUGGCAACGGCAAAGGUCGCGCUGCCGAUUUAAAGUACGUUGAAAGUGCUGCCCGUAUGAUCGCCGAGAUCGCACAGUCUAACAAGAUCGUAGUGGAGAAGAGCACAGUACCCGUGCGUGCUGCCGAAAGUAUCAUGCAUAUCUUGCAUGCGAAUCAAAGGCCUGGCAUUCGGUAUGAUAUUCUCUCGAAUCCUGAAUUUCUUGCCGAAGGAACGGCCAUUGAAGAUCUGUUGCAUGCCGAUCGUGUGCUAAUUGGAGGUGAGGAAUCAUCCGAGGGUCUCAAAGCAGUUGAAAAAUUGUCGUGGAUCUAUGAACAUUGGAUACCGAAAAAGAAUAUACUUACAACGAACACUUGGAGUUCCGAAUUGUCUAAAUUGGCAGCGAAUGCAUUCCUAGCGCAACGUAUAUCGAGCAUAAACUCAUUGUCGGCCGUGUGUGAGGCGACGGGCGCCGAUGUAUCGGAAGUGGCUCGUGCCGUUGGUCUGGAUUCACGUAUUGGCUCGAAGUUCUUGCAAGCGUCAGUGGGAUUCGGUGGUAGUUGCUUCCAGAAGGACAUUUUAAAUUUGGUAUACAUAUGUGAAGGACUAAAUUUGCCCGAGGUUGCGGCGUAUUGGCAGCAAGUGAUUGACAUGAAUGAGUACCAAAAGUCGCGGUUUUCACAAAAGAUCAUCGAAAGCCUGUUCAAUACCGUCUCGGAUAAACGAAUUUCGAUAUUUGGUUUCGCUUUUAAGAAAAAUACUGGCGAUACACGUGAAACACCAGCCAUAACUGUCUGCAAAACAUUACUGGAGGAGGGUGCCAAGCUGGACAUUUACGAUCCGAAAGUAGAGCCAGAGCAAAUAAUAGACGAUUUGACACAUCCAUCUGUGACAGAGUCACCGGAAAGUGUCAAGAAGGCAGUGCAGAUACAUAGCGAUCCGUACAGUGCAGUGCGUGGCACACAUGCAAUUGUGCUUUGUACAGAAUGGGACGAGUUUGUGACAUUAGACUACAAACGUAUUUACCAGUCAAUGAUGAAACCAGCUUAUAUAUUCGAUGGCCGUAAAAUUUUGGAUCACGAGUGCUUGCAGCAAAUUGGAUUCCAUGUACAAACUAUAGGAAAACGCUACCAGCGUACAGGUUUAAUGCGUUCUUGGGGAAGCGUGCCACAAUUGUAG